AUGAAAAUACAGGAUAGGCAUACCAAGGACGCAAAAUACGUGCGAGGCGAGGCGCAGCCCAAAUACACGUCGCAUGCUCCGGCCAAUGGGUCACGCGCCGUCGACCUAUUGUUGGUGCUCUGCAGUUCGUGUGAGAAGGAGACCCAAGCUGACCCUUUCUUCCUCGCCUCCGCCCGGCACCCCGGCGUCCGCGCCACUGCGGUCCCUACCCCUGCACCCCGGCGCGCCCGUAGCCGAGCAAUCCAAGCUGACCUUUUCUUCCCAGCCUCCGACCCCGCCCGGCUAUCUCAUUCGUCUUUCACGGGUUGUUCCGGGGAGCCUGCAGUAUUUGCCGGCGGAUCGCAAGCCGUCUGCGAUUCGGCCACGCAAUUGAGACAGCCGACACAGAAGCAGAGUACCCCUGAAUCGCAGAUCCAGGGGAUUCAAGAAAAUCAUCGAGUUCGCAACGGCGAUACUCCUGCUGGUCUUGCGAUUCCUGGAUCUCUAUUUUCUGCUUCAUCGUCGCACCAGGUCGGGCAACAUCAAAAUCUCCUUAAGAGGAAGAGAGGCAAACACGGUCCAGAUUCAAGGAUUUCACGUAUGGAACAAAGUGCUAUUACUGAGGCAAUCCGAACUUCUACCAGUCGCAAGGGGCAGCCUGUUUUCGUGCCUGCCGUUGGCACGGAGUUCAACUCAGCCAAAGAAGCAAAAGAUUUCUAUAACUUAUAUUCAUGGGAAAUUGGAUUUGGCAUUAGAAGAGGUAGAAACAAAACCAAUGUCAACAAUUAUAUAACCAGGCAGGAUUUUGUAUGCUCAUGUGAGGGCAUGAACAAAAGGGAAGCAACAUGCAGGGGGACUGAGUGCAAAGCCAUGGUUAGGCUCCAUCGCACCAGUGAUCAUGGAUGGGUUAUUUCUCGGUUUGAGGUGCAACACAACCAUCCUUGCUCUGCCACAAAUGGGCCUAACAAACAGUGGCCAUCACAUAGUGACAUUGAUCCGAUGACCAAGGAUGUUGUUCGAAAGCUUCGUGAAAAUAAUAGACCUAUAGAGAGGGUUUGCACUGGACAGGACGACGACACGCGGACUUUCCCCGAAGCAGAUGGUGGCCUGAGCCCGAGCCAGAUGAGUGACGGGUUGGAGGAGGUUCUCGGGACCUCGGGCCUCGACACCGUGGCCCCGAAGGAGGCGCGUCCGCUGUGCGAGCUAGAGCGCUCCCUGCGUAUCCAGAGGAUGGCCACGCCCGUUCCCGUGGAGAUGGAGCAGCCCCCGGCCGCGACGUCUGGCGGCACGCGCGUGUGGAGGCGCCGGAAAUGGCUGCUCCCCACGGAGACGGAGAUGGACGAUGGCGGGCGGUCUUCGGCUCCUUCCGCCUGCGGGACUCUCGCACCCGCACCCCAGAUCUUCGACAGAGAUCUCGGCAGUGGGCGUCUUUCUUCUUGUUCUCCGGAGAACGAAGAAAUGAAGGCCGAGCUCGGAAAGCUCCGGAGCGAGCUGAACCUCUUUCGAUCCGAAGCCGAGCGGGUCAAGAGGGAGAAGCAUCAGUGCCGCGACACCUACGGUCGUGCCCGUGCUGCUCUCCACCAGCUAGCUGGAACUAGAUCCAGGCAUCGCGGAACUCAUGCUCAGCCACUACUUGCGGCUGCACCCGCAAGUGGGUCUCCAGGGGCGUGCUUGCAAGGGUGGCCCAUGGGCCUGGCUACGCUUCAGGGUGCACUGCUCGUGUUUGGUGGCAUUGGCCCACUUGUGAGCCGGGCACCCACAGUGUAA